AGUUUAGAUUUUUCCGAGGAGUUCAUGAACGCAGCAGGAUCAACUCCACAGACUGUUGCUUUUUCGGCUGAUUUUUUUUGGGGGAAUACAUUUAAGAGUAAUACUUUAAAUCAUUGGUGUAGCUAGUUUACCGUUAAUAUUUUACACAUGAGUGCUAGGCUUCUCUAAAACUGUCAGCAGAGGGAAAUGACACGUCAACGGUUAAACUUAAUGCUGCCAUUCGUGCGAGGACCGAACUCGACUGUCGUUAACGUCUGCGCUGCUGUUGGACCGAAGGAGAAGGAGUGAACAGCAACAGCCAACUGAAGUUUAUUACUGUUUCCUCGAUAACAAAGGGGACGCUUUUCUUAUCUUAUCUACUAUUCGACGCCAUCGUACAGUUAAAGGCCUCUAAAAGACUUAAAAUGCAAGACACACUCGUCCACGGUGUUUGCAUUGUAAAAGGACAUGGAGCACGAGGGAGGACCGUCUGAGUAACGGUGAUUAACUUCUAUAUUCAGGACCUUUGCUUCGUCAAACCACUGCCACCAGAUUUUAUCAACUAAAUGUAAAGGAUCGUUUGGUUCAAGCUACCAUGGAUAUCUUUCCUCGGCCAAGCGGUGAAAUCCAGAGGAGGAACCCUCAGCAUGACUUUGAGCUCAUUCAGAGGGUGGGAAGUGGCACAUAUGGAGACGUGUACAAGGCCAGAAACAUACAAACAGGGGAGCUUGCUGCUGUGAAGAUCAUAAAGUUGGAACCAGGGGAUGACUUUUCCAUCAUACAGCAGGAAAUCUUCAUGGUGAAGGAAUGCAUGCACCACAAUAUUGUGGCCUACUUUGGGAGCUACCUCUGUCGAGAGAAGCUUUGGAUAUGUAUGGAGUACUGUGGUGGAGGAUCUCUGCAGGACAUUUAUCAUGUGACGGGACCUCUCUCGGAGCUUCAGAUAGCAUAUGUCUGCAGAGAGACCAUACAGGGUUUGGGAUAUCUGCACAGCAAGGGCAAGAUGCACCGUGACAUCAAGGGUGCCAACAUACUUCUUACAGACAACGGAGAUGUGAAGUUAGCUGACUUUGGCGUUGCAGCCAAAAUAACUGCAACCAUUGCCAAAAGGAAGUCCUUCAUUGGAACACCUUACUGGAUGGCUCCAGAAGUAGCAGCAGUGGAGAAGAACGGUGGCUACAACCAGCUGUGUGAUAUCUGGGCUGUUGGCAUCACAUCCAUAGAGCUGGCUGAGCUACAGCCUCCAAUGUUUGACCUACACCCGAUGAGGGCCUUGUUUUUGAUGUCGAAGAGCAGCUUUCAGCCUCCAAAGUUAAAAGACAAAAACAAAUGGUCCACCUCCUUCCAUAACUUUGUCAAAGUGUCUCUAACAAAGAACCCAAAGAAGAGGCCCACUGCAGAAAAACUUCUAUCGCAUGUGUACGUGGCCCAGACGGGUUUGACAAGGAGGCUCGCUCUUGACCUUCUAGAUAAGAUGAACAACCCAGACAACCACCAGCAUUACAGUGAGGUGGACGAUGAUGACCUCGAGCCCCUCUCUGCAGUUAGACACACCAUCCGCUCCACCAACAAACAAGCCAGGGCAGAGAGGACACGCUCAGAGAUAGACUCAAACAAUGGGACAAACCAAGGAGGGCCGUGCUCAAGUCCUAGCUUCACUGAGGGACACAGGGGGGACGCAGUCGACAAGCUCCAGUUUGAACCACCACUCCGGAAGGAAACUGAGGCUCAUUCUGAAAUGGAUGUGAGUAAAGAUAAUGACUUCCGUUCCCCCUGGAGUCCCUUUGCAGAGGGAGGAAUAACAACCAGGGGACACAUCGCCCAUCUUGAAGAUGCCUUUGAAGAAGUGGAGCUGUCAACCCUCAAGCCAGGGGUUCCUCCUCCUCUGCCCCCGAAGCCACGAUUAAACAGCUCAUCUGAGGAGCUUGGCCUUAAUGAUGAGAGGUCUCUGACGGUUCGGAGGUUCCCUAACUCAGAUAACGGACCGAGCCAGGUCGUUCGCAUACAGAGCACACCUGAGAACCUGGGCAACAAGGUGGAGCACUCGUCUCCAGAUUUCCUCUCUGUCAGCGUCAGCAGCCCCGGCCUUUUGUCUCACGCCUCUGAUCCUGAUAAUGAUUCAGAUGACAGUGUGAAUGGAGGCAGUCCCAUGGCACCACCCAACCGACAGCACCGGAAGGAGAAAAAGGAAUUCCCUAAACCAGCUAUCAACGGUCUUCCACCCACUCCUAAAGUACUGAUGGGAGCCUGUUUCUCGAAGGUGUUUGAUGGCUGUCCACUGAAGAUCAACUGUGCCACAUCAUGGAUUCAUCCAGACACCAAAGAUCAGUACCUAAUCUUUGGGACGGAGGAUGGCAUCUAUACGCUGAAUCUUAAUGAGCUGCAUGAAGCCACAAUGGAGCAGCUGUUCCCGAGGAAGUGUACAUGGCUGUACGUUAUCAACAACAACCUGAUGUCUUUAUCUGAAGGGAAAACCUUCCAGCUGUACUCCCACAAUCUCAUCGGGCUGUUUGAACAGCUGAAGAAGCCGGGCCUGGCUGCUCAGUUCCAGACUCAUCGCUUCCCAGACAAAAUCUUACCCAGGAGGUUUGCCCUGACAAUUAAGAUCCCCGACACAAAGGGCUGUCACAAGUGCUGCAUUGUGAGAAAUCCAUAUACAGGUCACAAGUACUUGUGUGGAGCACUGCAGUCUGGGAUUGUCCUGUUGCAGUGGUAUGAGCCCAUGCAGAGGUUUAUGCUUAUCAAGCACUUUGACUUCCCUCUUCCCAGCCCACUGAAGGUGUUUGAGAUGCUGGUGGUCCCGGAGCAGGAGUAUCCUCUGGUGUGUGUGGCCAUCAGCAAGGGCACCGAGCCAGGCCAGGUGGUUCGCUUUGAGACUAUCAACCUCAACUCUUGCUCCUCCUGGUUCACAGAGAUGGGAACAACUCAUCAGCAGGUGGAUGCAAUCCAUGUCACCCAGCUGGAGAGAGACACAGUGUUGGUGUGUUUGGACCAAAAUUUGAAGAUUGUUAAUCUCCAGGGCAGACUGAAGUCCAACAAGAAGCUGGCAUCUGAGCUCAGCUUUGAUUUCUGCAUUGGAUCAGUUGUGUGCCUUCAGGACAGCGUCCUGGCCUUCUGGAAACAUGGCAUGCAAGGAAAGAGCUUCAAGUCUAAUGAGGUGACCCAGGAGAUUUGUGAUCCAAGCAGAGUCUUCCGCCUCCUCGGAUCUGACAGGGUGGUGGUUUUGCAGAGCCGACCCACAGAUAAUCCCACGGCCCUGAGCAAUCUCUACAUUUUAGCAGGUCAUGAGAACAGUUACUGAGCCUCUCUCAGAGAAAAGUGGAUAAGAUGCCUCAGUUUUUGGGAGUAAACUUCAGACUUUCACCUAAGGUUCUGUGUCAAGGAAAACGUCUGGUUUAAAACAAUUAUUGGGAGCUUUUGUUACUGAUCACAGGAUCAACAGGUCAGUCAGUCUGGUAUUAUUUAUUUCUGUUACUUUCUAUACUUAGCUGUAUUUAUUUCUAAAUAUCCCCAUCAAUAGAGGUUAAUCUUAUCUUAAAAAGAUGAGCCUCUUCAGUCUGGAUUCAUGAGUAGCCUUACACCAGCAACAAGUUCGCUGUAGCUCCGCUCAUCACAAACGACAAGGAAACUGUUAUGAGCAGAAAGUGGAGAAACAAUAAACGCUCAAAUGAACAUUGUUACUUAGCAUUUUUCUCACUUUUCUGUGUACUGUGGACCGAGUAACCAACACGUUAUCUAGAGGUAUUAUUGACAAAAGUGCCAUUAAAUUUCACAAUAAUUUGUGAUUGUAUUAGCAAAACAAUUGGAGAGUUACUGUGUUAUUGUCUGUAACAUGUCACUCAUAAUCACUGCCAGUGGCAAAUGUUUGUAGGCUUGAGAGGAGAUUUUACAAGCUCUGUAGUAAAACUAAUAGCUCAGUUUAAGCAGAAACCCAUGAGCAUUGUGGGUUAUUUAAGCAAUAUUUAUUAACCUCAUGUUAAGUAAUAGGGUAUGUUUGAUUUACAGACCGUGUUAACAGCCAGUGACAGUGCAGUCCUGCUGUGUGAGGAUUAACUACCCAGUGAACAGUUCCUGAGCUGCUUUGGCUUAUUUUUACUGCUAUGUAAUAUAGUCGCAUCUCUCCUGCUCUGCUGCAUUUUUAGAAGUUGGAUAUAAUGUAAAUUUUUUUCUUUACCUUCCUCUUUUAUAGACCUUUUACUUCUCAUUAUUUGCACCAUGUAAGCACUUUUGUACAUUUUUUUUAUUUAAAAUAAAAUUACAAAAUGAGGGACAAUGCUAGGUUUUGUUAACAUCUUUGCAUUCCCUUCGCAAAAUGUUUAAUGUAUGCUGUUUUUUUGUAAUAAAAAAAGCUUUGUUAACAAGAUAA